AUGUGCUGGUGGAACAACAUCUACUACGAGCAGUGCAAGCACUCCGUCAUCGUCAAGGUGCCCUACUCGUGUGAGGAAUACACGCGUCACACCUAUGGUCCCUGCCAGCCUACCAAGAGCAACCAGCAUCGUGUCACUCCUGGCAUCAGCUAUGGGCUUUGCCCUGACUGUGAGGAGUUGCUCAAGAAAUAUACCAACUUGUGA